CGUAAGAAAAACAUCAUGGCGUUGUGAAAAUGAUUUUUUACAAGAUUUUAGAACAAAGAAGAAAAUGGAACAACUGAAUUUAUCUACAAGACCAAAAUCACCAGAGAGGGACAAGUGUUACGAUGCGGGAGACGGACUUCCAUUAUGGAAAUCACUGCCUUUGUACUCCAAAUUCCCCAUGCUACCAGUUCCAAAGGGGACCAUCACAUUGUGUACAACAAAGCUAUGCGAACCGCUGUAUAAAGUUAAUGACUUGGAGUUUGACCUAAGUGACCCCUAUUGUCACGUAAUUUCCAAUGAGUACCAACCCUUACACGACCCCCACCUAAAGAACCACUACAACCUCCCACGCAUGCGCCGUCAUCUCCGUAAGAAGGGGUUCAUCACGGAGAGGGACAAGGUCAUUUGUAACCUCCGGGAGUUCAACCAAUACAGACAGUACCUCCACAAAAUGUGUCUGCUGGAAAUGGCCAAGGAACGCAAGGAAAAAGAGGAAGAAGAGAGACUCCGGAAAGCUUCCCAGGAGGAGAGGGGAGGGAGACCGGAGUCCCGGGGGUGUCAGGUCAGGGCACGGCUCCAUCAAAUGAGAGAGGAGACCAGGAAAAGGAUUCAGAGAGAAAUUGAAGAGAAAGAGGAGAGACUGAAGUUAAGGUUACACGAAAUAGAGAUCCGCAAAAAACUGAGAGACAACCAGCGGCGUCAGCUGUUACAGAGGCGGCACGCGGCGGUGGCCGAGUACCACGACAAGAUGAUGAGAGAAAACAUGAUGCUAAAUCGUCAAUGGAGACAGAAGGAGAGACUCCGCCAGCUCAGACUGGAGGAGUACAAACGGAAGAGACAGCUCUCCAAACAGAAAAGAGAUUUUGAGAUGUGGAAUUCACGGAGGGCCGAGCAGUUCCAGCGAAUUGCAGCGGCAGAAGAGGCGCGAAAGGCGGAGGAAGUCAGACGCGAAAAGAGCAUGGCCGAACGGGAUCAAAAAUUCACUCAACAUCGCGAGAAACUACAGGCGCACCUGGAGGAGAUCCAGCGCCAGUCCCGGAGUGAGCGGGAUAAGACAGAGAGGGAACACACGGAGAGACUGACCCGGCGUCUGGCCAUGGUCAAACACAGGAUGGCCCGGGCACGGAGGGGUAGACGAAGUAGAUGUCGCUAUGAGAGUUUGUGGGCUUUGGAGGACAUCCUCAGAGAAAUGGCCACGUCAGACCUUCUUUUCUCUGGUAGGGAAUCGACUGGCCAGUUUCUGAGAAUGUUGAAUGAGGCUCUAGAUGCUGAGAUAAAGAAACUCGGGGAAGACGAGCCUGGAUACGACAAUGAGGAGGACAUCAUCACAAAGGCCAGAGAGAUCGUAGAUUCCGUCAUCCAUCGAGUCAACACGGAAGUUUACCCGGUAUAUGUGCAGAUGCGCCGGGAAGAGCAAAAGAGUACAGUGAGGUUUGGUAAAGACGACUCCAUUCCGCCGAACCGUGCGGUAGACCGGACUAAGCUCCGCCCAGUCAGUGAUCACGUGCUGACCCCGAUCUCAACCCCUUGUGUCAUUGGAAAAGUCAUCUCGACGGAGAAAUGUUCGGAGAUGAAAUUAGUGGAAAGCCUCCUUAAUCGUCUCCUUGACGACCUGAACCGAGGACGGCUUACGGAAGAAGAGGUCAACCUCCUUACGGGGUAUGCGAUGGACGUGGUGUAUAACCGCAUCAAGGGGGUAGGGGUCGGCUACGACAUGGGCAAGAUCGCCGAAAGUGUGGUGGAAUUCACACUCGAGAAGAUCCUGAACGACAUCCGGUCUAACAAUGUUCCCCAUGAAGAAGUGACCGAGAUAGCUGCCUUGAUGAUUGGUAAAAGAAUGGAGAGCGAUGCCUCGGAUAUCAGCAUUAGUUCUGAUGAUGAUCAACUUCAGAUGUUCAUCGACGACACACUAGAGUCCAUCAUCAAUGAUACAGGUAGAGAAUCGCCUCAGCAUGACGCAAUUUUGGAGGAAUGGAUAAUGAAUACGCUUAAAGAAAUCUCAGACGACAUCAACCACGAUAGGCUGUCCAAGGGAGUGGUGGCGGAAAUGGUGUCCAUGAUGACCACACACGAAGACAGUGGAGAUAUCCAAGUCGUGGCUUUACGGCCAUUCUUAGAGAAAGUAAUAGAGGAGAUAGGAGAAGAGCAAAAUACACCCUUAUAUAAAGUGGUCCACGCCAUUGUAUCGGCGUACCACGCCUAUAAGAUUGCGGCGCUGGAAUCUUUUAGCCAACUGAUCAGACUGCUCAUAGAGAGACUCAACCAAGCAAACAUGGACAGCGAGUUGAAAGACUCCGACAUAGAUCUCAAUAUUCUACAAGAUGCUGCUGAAAAACUGUCAUCAAGUGCUCUGAGCAAGGUCAGGAUAAGCGACAUGGCUACAAGCAUUGCAAAGGUAUUCCAAGGCCAUGAAUAUACAACUACCUCCAGUCAGUUGGUUGACGAUGUCAUUGAGAAGGCAAAGAGCCUAGUCACAAACUCAGAUUUUCCAACUCUCAAAGGAUACGCCAAAGCGAUGUCAGAGGCAUUAGAAACUCUUCUUUUCGUCAUUCAAGAAGAGGAAAAAAGCUGUCAAGUCGAUCCAAACUAUCUCAGUAAAGUAAACGAUCUUGUUGUCAAUAUUCUCAAAGUAGUAGAAAACGGCCUGGAGAGCGACGGUUUCACCGCUGAUGAUGUACAGGACAUGACAAGAAUCUUUACAACUAUUGUAAGUCGAAGUGUAUCGCCAACAAAAGAGGGUUCAAGAGAGAAGAUGCUCAUUACGCAUAUUUCUGACCUUCUCGGCACACUUGAAUCCGGGCAACUGGACCCACAGGAACUCUUGCACCUCGGUAGUGCACUAAUUGAGUGCGGAAAUCGGUUGCUCCUAGGCCAUGAGGCAGUGGACUCGUCUAUUUUAUCCAAAGAACCGUCUCUGACUAGUUCUGCUGUUGAUUCCGAUGUUUUGUCACACAUAUUGUAUUCCAUUCAGGAUGAAAUGAACAAAGGCUUGAUUACCAAAAAUGCGAUUAAAGAAUUGGCUCUAUGCAUUUUAAAUACGAGAGCAUCGGAGGGCUUCUAUGAAAAAAAAGUCAAGAAUUCCUUAGACGACAGAUCUAGUCCAACAUCUGCGGCCAAACUUGAGUUCGCGAAAGAAACGUUAAGGGAGAUGCUCAGUGAUUUUGAGCUUGGGAAUGUCGACAUGGAUAAGACAACAUCUGUUGCUCUAUCAGUUGUCUCUGAGUUGUCAGAUGGGUUUUGUGGUGAGCACAAGGACACGACAGAGAGAAUAGCUGAUACAAUAAUACAGCUGCUGCAAAGGGAUGAAGUCACAAAAAGCGAUACCAAGCGAAUCUUCUCCAUUGUUCUUCAACGUCUCGUAUCAGGGAUAGAAGAAACUCAUGCUGAUGAUCAAGUAAAAGCCAUUGAUAGUAAUUUGGCCAACUGUGUGGUAGAAGAAGUCCUUAGGAAAAUAGAGAGAGAUAUAACGAGUGGUCGACUCAGUGGUGGGGACAUUUUAUGUGUAGUAGACGACUCCAAAGAGGAAAGAAUCUCGGCCCUUAAAGGUCAUUGUGAUAUCGUGAACCUGACUCUUGCUGUAAUGCAGCAGUUCCUCUUGGAUAUGAACACCAAAAAGGCCACGAAAGAAUUUGUCCAGCAAUUUCUUUCUUCUGCUUUGCAAAUGGAUAUUCCCUCCGACGAAACUGCUCCAAUGUUGAGAAUGCGUGUCCGAGAUAUCAUGAAAGAAAUCAGAAAAAACAAACUUCAGUCUGUUCAUAUAAAAAGAUUUGUGCAUGCUUUUUCAUCUAAGUUAUUGGGAAAAGAUGACGAGACGUCGAAAAACGAGGCUGUGGCACUACUGAAGCAAGCUGUUCAAAAUGUCCAUCCAAGCAUAAUGUCCGACUUCAUUCGUCUGACGCUACAGACACUUGUCAGCGACUGCACUUAUUACCAGCGUGAAGAAAUGGAAACCGAACAACAAGGAUACGUUCUUCGAUCAAUGUCAUCUUUGGUAGCUGAUAGAGUUGUUGAUAACUUACUUCACACAAUAGAGCACGCUAUAAGAGAGGAAAGACCUGCACAGUCAGCGGAUCACCUCGCAGUGGACAACUAUCUUCUCAGUAGAUCAGACCUUUCCUGCAUUCCUUCCGAAGACUUGAAUGCCAUCAUAACAGGGACAUUGAACAGCAUUAUUAGCAGUAUGAGACUCGAGAAGCCAGUUGAAACUAAAAAGGAUCAUCCAAUAGAAGCCACGUCACAAAUUAUUCAUAAUUUUGUAUUAGAGAAGUUACAGGACAUUGUAGACAGUAUGCAAGAUAGCCUGGAAGAGGGCGAUGCAUUUACAAGGACAUCCAUUUUAAAACGGUCAUCUUCUACUGUUAUCGAAGGAGCAGGGGUCAAAAAAGUAAUUAGUGAUACAUUCAGAUCCGUAGUCGGUGAUAUUUCUACAGAGCCAGGGCGUGUCAAAUCCAACCAUGCGGAACAAUCCACGUCUACAGCGUCUUUAGAGGCGGAGGCUAUUGUAGUGGAAGCUCUCCAAGGAAUCAUUCAGCAUUACGAGGAGAGGGGAGUUGAUAUGUCCCAUGAUCAACUCAUCAAAGAACACAUGUUGUGUAUCCUAGAAAAUUUCAAGAAAGACAUAUACACUAACAAAGCCGUACACGACUCGCUUCAAAACAUAUUUAACUCAUUCAUUGUUCCUGUUGCGAGCUCACAUAUAGAAAACGAGGAAAUGGAAUCCGCGAUUGACGUCAUCAUAGAAAACGUGAAGUGCAGCAGUAUACCGGUAGCAGAUGUACCCAAUGUCAAGGACGGAAAACCGGACAAUCAAAGAGAAUCGAGCAUCCAACUGAUAAUGGAGAGGCCAGGUUUAGAUUUGCAAAAAAUGACAGAAAUGACACAAGAAAUGGCAUAUCUGUAUGACAAUUUUCAAUCGUCUGAAGAGGAAAUUGAUAAUGGGGAAUCAAAUCAUAGUUUGAAUGAACGAGUAGCCAGCGAAGUAAAAACAAUCGCUAAAGAAGUCCUUGAGAAGACAAUAGAUAACGUCCAGCACAACAAGUUGAGUAACGAUGAGCUUCUGACUCUAGCCUCGGCGAUAUCGGCGAACGAGGGCGAAGUGCCGAUGACACAGCUGCAAUACUCAGAGAGCAAGAUUGAGGAUAUGAUCGUGGAGGUUCUACAAAACACCGUAGAGGACCUGAGAGAAAGUGGCAUCAAUCAAGAAGACUUGCCAAUCAUAACAAAGAAUAUGUUCCAAGUGAAAGCAAACAAUGGAGGUAAAGAAACGACGGCUAACACGAGUACUUCUGAUGUUUCCCAUGCACCCUCUGGUGCUAUUGUGGAAAUGGUGACCUCUGUUCUCAGCAAGAUUGCGGCAAAUUUAUCAGAAGAGAGUGUCAAAUUCACGAAAGUUCAGAGGAGUGACGAGUGUGUUCAACAAAGCGCAUGCGACCAAUUGGACCAAGUGGGUGUGGAACAAGGCAAUUCAUCUCAGGAUAACAUGAAUCCAAAUGCCUUAAAACUCCCCACGGUAAGAUCGCUUGAAGAUAACGCAGGACCUUCAAAACGGACCACGCCAACUCCAGUUGUUCAAUCUGCACACGACAUCAGACACAAAACUCCCCAUCAGAGCGGUAAAAGCAAGGAUAAAUCUGAUCGAAACGUUCCGAAAAGAGGAACUUCAAAACCUCUAACACAGACACCAAAACAAACCCAAAGACAAAAGGCGACUCACAAAGCCUAUAGACCACCCUUUCCAAAGGAGAGUAAACCGCAUAUAAUAAAGAGUGUGAAAGGCGGUGUCUCUCCAAAAAGUGGUACUGAGAAGGUAAAGCAAGGAAACUUGGCUGUCAUAAAGCCUCGUCGAAGUCAUGAAAAGAAUUUGCUUCCAUGUAAUGCAGAGAAUGAAACCUUCACAAACCAGCUGGAGGAAUCGGCAGCAAAGGAUCUGCCGCAACAAGUGUAUUCUCUCUGGGGAUCGUUUAAGCUUGCGGUAAAGAGCGUUUACGAGACGUCGUAGAUUUCAUAAG